CAUAAUUUUCCUUGCAUAUCGCGGUUACAGAAGGCGCUCGAUCGGUCUGCCCAUCCAAAUUGGAGAAGCUUUCUUGCGCAUUCGGUCGCUAAACAGUGAUCAAUUUAAAGCGAUGGACAAUGACGCGGAGCAAGUGAUGGAGAUAUCGUCAACAGUGUCAGGGAGCUCAGAUGGGUCUAACCCAAAAAGCUCAAGCCUUGUAUCCCGAGUGAGGAAGCUUCUGUUUCGCAAAAUGCUUGUGGGAAUUAAAGAUGGGCGAUUUUUCUUGGGUACCUUUCAUUGCAUUGACAAGCAAGGGAAUAUCAUUCUCCAAGAUACAGUAGAAUAUCGAAGCACUCGACGUUCUUCUCCUUCUCCAAUGGAACAGCGGUGUCUCGGCCUUAUUCUCAUCCCUUCUUCUUGCAGAACCUCUUGUCAUGUGGAUUGCUCCAUUGAAGAACAAUUGUCUCUGUUAAAGGUUCAGGAGUAGGUUGCAGUUUUGCGUCCAAUAGCGUUCUGCUUCAAAUGGGUGCAUCUCCUAGUUAGCUAUUCAUAAGUAAAGCAGAAUUAGCACAUAUAGAAUUUAGAAAUUGAAUUUGUCUUUAAUGACUUGAUGAUAGAACAGCUUCAGUUAUUAAUCGAAUUUUCUAUAGUUUGCA